AUUUUCUUUUUCAGGGGUGUUUUUCCUUGAAAAAAAUUAAGAUUCCAGGUAUUAAUGUUGUUAUAACAGCUAUUUUGAUUUUGAUAUUGAUUAAUUUUUCCUGUUUUUUCUUUUGGGUUUUUGUGGGAAUGCUGGUUAUGGUGUUUUGAGAUGCCUUUGAUUGGUUUCUUGAGAGAAACUGAAUUACAUCGAGUUGCCGAAGCUCGAUUUCGUUUGUUGUGGUUAUGUUUGUGAAUCAGUUGGCAUGUUUCUUGAGAUGCUUGCGCGCCUUCAGAUAUAACACAUGUCAGAAGAUGAUUAUCUAGAGUCUAGAUUUGUUUCCUGAUAAGAAUAUUGCGGAUGCAGUUAAACACAGCUGUGUAGUUCAGUUGUGGUUGUUGUGUAGUGUAUCAGAUCAGAUGGUUUUUUUUUGAGAUGGUUGCGCUUAUGCAGUUAAACGGACACCUAUUUGUUGAUAAUUUUGUUUUCAAAAUCAGGCAGCAGGAAGAGGAUGUAAAAUUUGUUUGUUUAGUGAUAUUAGCAUUUUGAAAGACAAAUAGAAUGGGGGCGUUUUUUGAGAAAAAAUGUGCAAAACCUGCUAGAAGAUGAUAUGAUAGAUAGAGGAGCCAGUUAAGGUGGUUUGAGAAUGCCCAUGUCGAAGUUUAUCAGGAUAACUAAGUGAUAAAUUGAUGAUACCGGCCUUUGAUUGACAGUAGCUUUAGGAAGAAUUUAAUGUACGCAGGUGCUUUGAAGCACUAGCCGCCAAUGAACAUGUUUGCUCGCUUGGUUGGUUCAUGUUACUGUGAAUCAGUUUAUGUAUGUGUUUUCUUGAGCUGCGGUAGUUCAUUAAGAUAUUAGUGCCCAAGUACUACUCCAGUUAGCCUUGUUGCUGAUGAUUGGUUAGUGAUCGAAGAAGUGUUGUGUUUAACCAGCCAUGUAAAUUAUGCUCUCUUCAUUCUUAACUGGUCGGAUUAGUUUGAGGCCCUUGUUACAACCUAGGACCCUGUUCCGUCGAUAACGCGUUAUCUUCUACAGUCAGUAGAGCUGCCAUCGAAAAUCAACUCAGUACAUUUUGAGAUGCCUUAGAUCGGUUCCUUGUGAGAAACUGAAUUACUUGCCGAAGCUCGAUUUCAUCGGUUGUGGUUAUGUUUGUGUGUCAGAUGGCAUGUUUUUUGAGUUGCUUGUCGCCUUCGAACAACUCAUAUCAGAAGAUAAUUAUUUAGCCUCUAGAUAUGUUUCCUGAUUAGAAUAUUGCAGCUGCAGUUAAACGCUUCUGUUCAGUUCAGUUCAGUUGUUGAUGUGUAGUGUAUCAUCAGACGGUUUAUUUUCUGUGAUGGUUGCGCUUUGGACACACAUGUCAGAGGCUGAUGUUUAGAGUCUAGAUAUAUUCUUGAUAAGAACACACAGAUGCAGUUAAACAGAAGCUGUUCUAGAUAGUUGAUAAUUUAGUUUUCAAAACCAGGCAACAAGAUGAGGAUGCUAAAAUUGUUUGUUACUGAUAUUAGCAUUUUGAAAGACAGACAGAAUGGGGGGGAUUUUCAGAAAAAUUGUAACAAGACCUGUUAGGAGAUGAAAAGAUAGAUGGAUAGAGAAGCCUGUUAAAGUGGUUUAAUAAUGUCGAUGUUGAAGUAUAUCAGGAAGAGUAAGUGAAAAAUUAAUGAUACCGGCCUAUGAUUAACCGCAGCUUUAGGAAGAAUUUAACGUACACAGGUGCUUUGGGAAGCAUAGCAGCCCAAUUCGUACUGGAUGGGUAUUCUGGGUUCAGUGGGAAUUUGAGAUCUGAGCAUAGUAAGUCAGAUUACAGAUGUGCAAUUCUGCAGAAAUUGUGGUUUUGAGUAAGAACACUCACUAUUGCUUUAAUGAUCUUAUUGCGUUUUACCUGAUCAUGUUGGACAGAGAUACAAAUCGUCCCCGAGGUUUUGGAUUUGUAACUUUUGCUGAUCUACGUGGAAUGGAUGAUGCCAUCAGAGAGAUGCAUGGCAGGGAACUUGGUGAACGUGUUAUAUCAGUCAACAAAGCCCAGCCUAGGAGUGGUGGUGGUGGAGGUGGUGGUCGUGAUGACCAUGGUUAUGGCGGGGGAUACUCCUCAGGUGGCAGAGGUGGCAGUUUUGGUGGUGAUAGGGGAGGUCCAGGGGGAUCCGACUGCUUUAAGUGUGGGCGACCAGGGCAUUGGGCUCGAGAAUGUCCUUCAGCUGGUGGAGGAGGUGCAGGUGGAAGAUUUCCUUCACGUUCUAGAUUCAGUGGUAGUGGCGGCGGCCGUGGAGAUCGCUUUGGAGGAGAUCGCUAUGGGGAUCGGUACAUGGAUGAUAGGUAUGAUGGUGGACGUUAUGGUGACAGGGAUCGUGUUGAUAGCAGAGACAGCAAGUAUGGAGGGCGUGACCGUUAUGCUGGUGGGGACAGGUACCCAGCUGCUGGGGGAGAUCGUUUUGGAGGUAGUGAUCGUUAUGGAGCUUCAGAUCGGUACCCUCAGAAUGGCUACAGCAAAGACAGGGCAUAUGAUAGAGAUGCAGCCCCAAGGACUGGUGGUGGCGCUGCUGGUGGUGGUAGCGAUAGGUAUGGAAGUGGAGGGCCAACACGUUAUGAGGGAGGAAGUUACAGGGACAGGGCUGGUCCUUAUGAUCGCCCGAGCAGGGGAGCACGACCUUCAUCCUACGAAGACCGCUACUGAGGUAUACUAGUUGCAUGAUUUUGUUUAGGUUGAGACAAGUUAGGAUGUUUGGUCUGUGUUGGUAUAUGUUAAAAGUUUACUGUAGUCUUUAACUUUCAUUUAGUCAUUUGCCAAUGCACUUACUUCAGAUUUAGAUCGUUACGCUUAUAAGUAAUAUCGAAUAAUCAAAUUAUGUUCAUCAAGUUAUCUCAGGAAAACCAAAAUUUGUUGUUCAAAA